AUGUGGAGUUAUGUGGACUUUUCAGGCGGAGCAUUCAGCGCCUCAUCAAUGUACGAGCCUGAUCUCUUUGGGGGGAUUACUCAGGAUGACUUUGAGGCUGCUAACGAGGUUGAUGAGGACGUUACCGCACUGGAGGGAUCAGAGGAAGAUCCUACAGAUAGGGAUAUCCAACCUGGCCAAUACGAGUAUAUAGUGGGAGAUAACAGCUCGAGGCUGGAGAGGAUGGAGAAGGAGAUGUCGGAAUAUCACAAGAAUGAGCUGAGGGACGCUGAGCUCCGGAAGGAGAAGGCCGCGUUGAAGGCUAAGAAGGGGAAGAAGGAGACUAGGAGGGAGAGAGCUGCACAGGAGUGGGCGGCAGAGGCGAGAGAGGUCACCUCGGAGAUCGAGGGGAAGGCGGUCGCUGCUCAUGAGGAACAGGUUCGUCGUGAGCUUGCUGGCGUUAGUGAUGAUGAGGAUGGGGAGUCUGUGGACGGGUAUGAGUCGGAUGAAGGAGGAGAUGCUGCGUAUGUUGAUGGGAUACAGGAGGAUGAUGAUGAUGAGAAGGGUGACUCAAGCGAUGGAGAGGUGGAAGUGCCGAGUAAGCGCUCUAAGGAGAGUAAGGCUUCCGAGGAGAUCGUGUUACCUCCGGAAAUGAGCGGAGCGAAGGGACAAAUUCGGACGGAUCGUUGGUUCUCGCAAGAGCUCUUCAAAGAGGAUAGUGAUGAUGAUGACGAGAUGAAGGACGAUGUCGAUGGGAUUCGGGAGUUGGAUGAUGAGGAUCUGUUGAAGUUGCCUCUUACGGAUAAGCAGUUGAGGAAGGAGAAGAGGAAGCGUGAUCUUGCCAAGAAGGAGAAGAAGGAGGCGAAGAGGGCCCGUAAGAUGGGAGAAGUGGAGGAGGAGGGUGAUGGCCAUGGCCAUAAGGACGGUGAUGUGGCCGGAACUGAUGUUGGAGGAUUCGAAGUGGUGCCAGCGAGCACUGCCUCGGCGUUCGAGAGACCAGAAGAUCCGCAAGAGCUCGCUGAGACGCUGGCCUUGGGCAGCCUGCUGACGUCUAAGAAGAGUCGGAUGGAGCUGAUUGACAGUGCUUAUAAUAGAUAUACGUUCGCUGACGAUCACAAUGCGGCUCUACCGGAUUGGUUUGUGGAGGAGGAGAAGCCGUUCACUCGUCAGAUGGUGCCGAUAUCGAAGGAGUUGAUGAACCAGUAUCGGGCUAAGAUGAGGGAGAUCAAUGCUAGACCUGUUCGCAAGGUGGCGGAGGCGGCAGCACGCAAGAAGAAGCGUCUGACGCAGCAGUUGGAGAAGCUUAGGAAGACAGCCACUAGCUUGCAAGAAUCGAGCGAUUUGGGCGACUCUGGAAAGGCCCGUGCGAUGAGGAAGGCUGUUGGAAAAGUGUUGCGAGGCAAUGAUAAGAAGGAAGUCGCAUAUGCAGCAGUACAAGGAAAGGGAGGCUCUAAGGUGAUCUCUAAGGGAGCUAGUAGAGGCGCUAAGGUGAAGAUGGUCGAUAAGAGGCUGAAGAACGACAAGCGAGCACAGAAGAGAGCCGAUAAGCGGCUUAAGAAGGCGGGUGCUAAGCGACGUGCUAAGAAGCUACCGCAGAAGAAGAAGGGAAAGGGAAUGUAACUUAGUAUUGGUUGCUUCCUGUAUUGGAAGAGUUUACAACGUCAUUCAACGUAAAAUCACAAUAUAGAACUCCUAUGUUUCUCCCGAC